AUGAUGAUGUCACUUCUAGGUCCUGUGGAAAAUAACAUGGACACGUUGCUGAACGUUGGCAGAACCUCCCCACUGCUCCUGAGUCCGGUCGAGAGAAUGAAUGCUGCUUAUCCCUUAAAGACAGAGGACAUCAUCAAUGGUUAUGAGUGCCCGGCUCACUCAGUCCCUUGGCAGGUCUACUUCACCACCAGCGGGAGCCGCUGGUGCGGAGGGUCGUUGAUCAACGAAUGGUGGAUCGUGUCCGCAGCCCACUGUUAUGUCCAAGCUAACACUCUGGUUGCCCACCUGGGUGAGACCGAUACGACCCAGCCAGAGGGCACAGAGCAGAACAUAAAUGCCGCCCUGGUCAUACGCCACCCCAAUUACAACGACAAGUCCCAAGACAACGACAUCAUGCUGGUGAAACUGGCUCAGCCUGCAAGAUUCAACCAGUACGUCUCUCCCAUCCCAUUGCCUUCCAGCUGCCCAGCGCCUGGGACUUGGUGCCUAGUCUCCGGCUGGGGGAAUCUCCUCACCCACGGAGUCGCUUACCCCGAUAAGCUGCAGUGCCUGAGAGAGCCGAUCAUCCCCAGUGCGGAAUGCAAGCAGGCUUAUCCCUAUUACUACAGCAACAACAUGGUGUGUGCCGGAUUCAUGCAGGGCGGAGAAAGCACCUGUCAGGGAGACUCCGGAGGGCCUCUGGAAUGCAACGGGCAGCUGCAGGGGAUCGUUUCCUGGGGCUACGAGUGUGCCAUGAAGGGCCACCCCACUGUCUACACCAAAGUGUGCAAUUACACCCCCUGGAUACACCAAAUGAUGGCUUAUUAUUAGCAG